UUUUUUUAUCUCUUCUCUUCUCCCCCCCUCUCUCUUUUUUUUAUUUAUUCUUUUUUUUUAUAUAUAUUUGUUUAGAGAAAAAAAAAAGGCUUGCAUUAAACAGAAUGUUAUCUUCAAGUAAUUUUAUUAGAGCUGCAAAGGCAAUUGCUCCUACUGUUAGAGCUUAUGUUCCUUCUCGUACUUAUGCUAAAGCAACCACUAAUUGGGCUGCUCAAAAGGUCGCUAUGUCCAACCUUGAACCCGAUAAAUAUAUCAACUAUCAAAGAAUUGAAGAUAAUCUUGAAAUUGUUCGUAAAAGAUUAAAUCGUCCAUUGACUCUUUCUGAAAAAGUUGUUUAUGGUCACUUGGAUGAUGCUGAAAACCAGGAUAUUGUUCGUGGUAAAUCCUAUCUUAAACUUCGCCCUGAUCGUGUUGCAUGCCAAGAUGCUACUGCUCAAAUGGCUCUUCUUCAAUUCAUGUCUGCUGGUCUUCCUACUGUCGCUGUACCAUCUACUGUUCAUUGUGAUCACUUGAUUGAGGCUCAAGUAGGUGGUGCUAAGGAUUUAGCUCGUGCUAUUGAAAUUAACAAGGAAGUCUAUGACUUCUUGGCUACUGCUACUGCCAAGUAUGGUCUUGGUUUCUGGAAGCCUGGCUCUGGUAUCAUUCAUCAAAUUAUUCUCGAAAAUUAUGCUUUCCCCGGUGGUCUUAUGAUCGGUACCGAUUCCCAUACCCCUAAUGCAGGUGGUCUCGGUAUGGUAGCUAUUGGUGUUGGUGGUGCUGAUGCCGUAGAUGUGAUGGCUGAUAUUCCUUGGGAACUCAAGUGUCCCAAGACAAUUGGUGUUAAACUUCAUGGUAAGCUCAAUGGUUGGACUUCUCCUAAGGAUAUCAUUCUUAAGGUGGCUGGUAUCUUAACUGUCAAGGGUGGUACUGGUUCUAUCGUUGAAUACUUUGGUGAAGGUGUCAACUCUAUCUCUUGUACUGGUAUGGCUACUAUCUGUAACAUGGGCGCUGAAAUUGGUGCUACCACCUCUAUGUUCCCUUAUAAUGAACGUAUGGGUGAUUAUCUCCGUGCCACAAACCGUAGCGCAAUUGCUGACUAUGCUAAUCAAUUCUCUCACAACCUUAGAGCUGAUUCUGAUGCUCAAUAUGAUGAAGUCAUCGAAAUCGAUCUUGAUAAACUUGAACCUCAUAUCAACGGCCCUUUCACCCCUGAUUUGGCUACUCCUCUUUCCAAGUUCAAGGAAACUGCCAUUAAGAAUGACUGGCCUCAAGAGCUUAAGGUAGGUUUGAUUGGUUCUUGUACCAACUCUUCUUACGAAGAUAUGGCUCGUUCUGCCUCUCUUGUCAAGCAAGCCUCUGAUCAUGGUAUCAAGGUUAAAUCCAAGUUCACUAUCACACCUGGUUCAGAACAAAUUCGUGCUACCAUUGAACGUGAUGGUAUCAUGGAUGUUUUAACUGAAGCUGGUGGUGUUGUCUUGGCUAACGCUUGUGGUCCUUGUAUUGGUCAAUGGGAUCGUCGUGAUAUCAAGAAGGGUGAUAAGAACUCUAUCAUCACUUCUUAUAACCGUAACUUUACCGGUCGUAACGAUGCUAAUCCUCAAACUCACGCCUUCGUCGCUUCUCCCGAAUUGGUCACCGCUAUGGCCAUUGCUGGUGAUAUGCAUUUUAACCCUAUGACUGAUUCUUUGAUUGGUGCUGAUGGUAAGCCCUUCAAGCUUGACCCCCCUCAUGGUGAUGAAUUACCUCCCCGUGGUUAUGAUGCUGGUGAAAACACCUAUCAAGCUCCUCCUGAGGAACGUGCUAGCGUGAGUGUCGCUGUUGAUCCUAAGUCUAAUCGUCUUCAACUCCUUCAGCCAUUCGAAAAGUGGAAUGGCCAAGAUAUUGAAAAUGUUCCUAUCCUCAUCAAGGCAAAGGGUAAGUGUACCACUGAUCACAUCUCUAUGGCCGGCCCUUGGUUGAAAUACCGUGGUCACUUGGAUAACAUCUCUAACAAUUUCUUGAUUGGUGCUACCUCCAGUGAAGAUAAGGUGAACAGUGUCAAGAACACUUUCACAGGUGAAUAUAACACUGUUCCCGAAACUGCUCGUGAUUAUAAAGCUCGUGGUGUUAAGUGGGUUGUGUUCGGUGAUGAAAACUAUGGUGAAGGUUCCUCUCGUGAACAUGCCGCUCUUGAACCUCGUUUCUUGAACGGUGCUGCUGUUAUUACAAAGUCAUUCGCCCGUAUUCACGAAACCAAUCUCAAGAAGCAAGGUAUGCUUCCUUUGACUUUUGCUAACCCUGCUGAUUAUGAUAAGGUUGAAGCUGAUGAUCGUGUCUCCAUCCUUGGUCUCAAGGACUUUGCUCCUGGCAAGCCUUUAACCGUUCGUCUUACUAAGCCUAAUGGUGAUAAGGUUGAUAUCCAAUGUAACCAUACCUUUAACGAAGGUCAAAUUGCUUGGUUCAAGGCUGGUUCUGCUCUUAACUUGAUGAAGGAGACUACUGCUAAGAACUAAAUAAUAUUUUUUAAUAUCUAAGUUAUUUUUAUACACAUACAGAGAGAGAGAGAAGUAUUUUUCCUCUCAAGUAUCUUCUAUUCUCUUAUUUUUUUUUUUCCAUAAAAAAAAAAAAAAUGUAAUUAAUAAAUUCCCCCAUUCACUAAUGUAUAGAAAAA